AUGAUAAACGACAAGAUCUACAAAGCAGUUUGCGAAUUGAAUGGGCACAGCGGAUCUCCCCCAAAUCUUACGUCUAAUAAAGUAGACUAUUACGAAAUAACAGUUCCAGUUAACGGAGGCCCUGGUACAUGGUCAGCUUGGGGAGCGUGCUCUACAACAUGCGGGGAUGGAGACCAAACUCGCAUAAGAGCAUGUGACAACCCAUUUCCAGCUUAUUGUGGAAGUCAAUGCAAUUCAAGUGAUCUGACGGACAUGCGGUCCUGUAAUGAGUCAAAGUGCCCUGAUAAACCUGGACCACCUGGUCUACCUUUCGUAUUUGUACUCGACGACAUAGCUAAUGUUACCUGGACUCCACCCCACGAUGACGGAGGCGCAAUUAUCACCAAUUACAACAUUGAAAUGCGUCGUUCUGACAAUUACAAUAACACAUGGGUGCGCGUGAACAUGAACAUAUGUAUUCCUGGGAACAGUUACUUGAUGAGAAGUCUAACGGAAGAUGUCGAAUAUGAAUUCCGCAUCGUGGCAGAAAAUGAGGCUGGAACUGGGGAACCAUCGCAACAAUCAGUAAAAUUCACAUUUGUCAGGCCAAAUGUUGUAAUGAGAAUACCAAGCCCUAUAUGGAGCCCUAUAUGGGAUCUAACAGUAACCAGCCUAGGAAAUAUUGUUACAACAAGUACCCAACACUCUACAUCAAAGAUCUACAACCGCACGUUCCAACUGAUUAAAGAUCUUAACAAGAAGUUCAUAUGCGUAACCAAAACCUCAGAUGGUCAACUGGCCUUUACCACAAAUCCCUUCAGCAAUAUAAUCCACUUCUACACCGAGAAUGGGUCACCUAUUCGUACCAUCACAUGCCCAUCUGAUAUACGUCUAAAUGGUAUAGCCUCACUAUCAGCAGGUGAACUGGUAGUGACUGAUGGAUACACCACCGGAGUUUAUAUUGUAGAUUCUUCAAAUGGGAACACCACACAAAUCUCGACAUCUGAUGAUAUGUUCCAGAGUCCUACCUAUUUGGCAGUUGACAUUAGAAACCACAUCAUAGUCAGUGACUACCAUCGACAUUUAAUCAAAGUGAUCAACAGAGAAGGUCUUGAAAUCAUCCAUUAUGGCUCAGGGGAGGGGCAACUGAUGGGCCCCCUCGGUGUCUGCACAGAUAUAAAUGGAUUCAUCAUUUUAGGGGAAUUGGGAAACAGGUGGGUGACUUUGGUGGCCAGCUGUUCGUUGUCAACUACCGAGACUAAGUCCUGCAUCAAGAAGGCAGAUAUAUCAGCCGCAGCAGCAGUAACAACAACAAUAACACAAACAAUAAUAAUAACAACAAUUAUAGGAACAAAAAUGUGACUUUUUACAAUAACGACCAUUAUGAACUGACGAAAAAUUGUUUUGACCAAAACACAACAUUAUUCUACAACACGAAGUAAACAUUGGUGUUUAAUCAACAUUUAUAUUAAUUGUGUACAUAAAGUUUAUGUAUAGUUAUAUUAGUAAGGAAAGGUGAUCACCACACAUGUAAAUAUAUUCAAAUCUUAGUUGCAAUUUGUAUUUAGAUAUCCUAGAAUCCAAAAUGUACAAUAUUUGGAUGAUGUAGAAGGUGAUAUAUAGUGCGUCCAAAAAGGCAACAAACAAAUACAUUGUAGAAUCACAAAACCAGUGAUGAUUACAUCAAUUUAAUUUAGUUUAACAGGAAGCAAUAUGUCUCCCCUGUUCAAUGGUAUGCC